CAGACACGCUACAACCGGUAGGUCAGCUGCGUUGAUGUAGUAUUGUUUAUUGACUCCUGUUAUGACGUGAUGUAAAUACCUCUGUAUAUCAUUUUUGAAAUCAGGAAUGUGCAAUUUAUUUCUGUUAUGCAGUGAACCAAUCACUUCUGAAGUAAAGUAGGAAUAACUGGUUGAAAGGAGUUCGGAAAAAUAAGUAAUAAAGAAUAUUAUGGUGUUGACUUGCUUCCAUUUAUUUUGAAGACCUGGUAUUCUAGAAUGCCAGCUUGAUGUAGGCUUGUCGGGUAAGCAAAAAUGCGGCCGUAGUGGAAAUCAUGUGCGCAGCUAAGGUACAGCUCACGUGAACAGUUUUAUAAUACUGCCUAUAGUGUUGGUUGUAUAGUAAACUGCUGAAACUAUUUAGUAAGAUUUCAAGAAUGUAUUGUGAUCUAUGUCUGACGGAAUUCUCAUUAUUUAAUAAACAAAAAACUUGUAAAAUUUGUGGUGCUGUACAGUGCUCAAGUUGCUUGAGGUUUAAAACAAAAUCAUCUGAACUGAUAUGCAUGGACUGUCACUAUGAUAAGAAGAGUUUGAAUUAUGAUGGUGGAGACAAAGGCAAACUCGCUUCCUUAAGGGGUGUGACAGAAGCAAGAAAAAAUUUUAGUAAAAGUUGUCAAGUUCUACCGGAUUGUGGCAUGAAAAAGUCAGAAGAUAGGAAGACUGAUAAUAUUAUGAAAAGGCUAGAGGCGCUUAAGGAGAAUCGAGCUGAAGCAAAAAAAGAUGUCUGUGAUUUGGAGUUUCGUUUACGACAGCUCAAGGGACUGUCGGAAGAAAAACCUUCAUCUUCUAGCAACUCAAGAUGCAAAGAAGACGAGGUUACUAGACUUGUGAAUCAGUAUAUGGAAGAGGUAGAAAUCGAUAAAAAGUGUGGCAUAAAUUUUGUUGAAAAAGAGCAACCAAGUGAAGUAUUCACUGGUGAAGAUGAAGAUCCUUGGUGCUGCAUGUGCGAUGAGGAUGCUGACACCGCUUGCCAAGAAUGUGAAGAUUAUUUCUGCAAACGGUGUUUUAAUUGGGGUCUUUCAAACUUCUUGAUGAAUACAUUUCUAUGAGAAACUGAUCGUGGUAAAAUCAGAACCAAUGUUUUCCAGAUUGCCAAUCUGACUAUCCAUCGUUUCGACUUCUAAGAUGGUACUCAUCAUGGACUGACAUCAGUUGGAUAACCACUGAAAACACGGGAGCAAUGGACAGCUGUUUCAUUCCAGUACUGAACUCCUCAGCGGCCGGGCACUCGUGGCGCCACCAAAGACCAAACCCGGAACCUUCAGACUCUACGUAAAACGCAUACCAAACGAGAGAGAGUUGAACAUAAAACUGUCGUUUGUAAACCAUCAGCUCGUUGAAGUUGAAUUGGGAAGAUCUUAUUGAAGCAAAGUUGAAAUUCAUUUGUUAUUUUAUCUUUCUGUUUUGUAUAUGCUUUUAUUCAUUUACUCGUAACAUCCGCUUAGAUUUUCGUUUCGUUUUGUUAUUUAUUUUAUUCACAUUACCAAUGUAAUAUUGAAAGUAAUGAUCAGCUGAGGAUUAUGAUAUCAAGAUUUUGCUAUUGUAUACUGAUUUCUCACGUCAUUCUGUUGAUAGUAUGCAGGUGAUUGUGGAACUGAUACCAUCAUGAGAAUUAUUUCAUCUUGGUGAUAUGAUGGAUAUACAGUGCUUAUAAUAAACAGGUGACAUAAACUAGUGUUCUCGUAUUCACAGUAUGACUGAUGAAGACUCUUGAAUUUUUAAGUAGUUUCCUUUUAUAAAAGUUGUAUUACUGGCUUCCCAUUAAAUCAUUGAACCAUCGAGCUAGAUAUUUAAUGUACGUAAUAAUAAAUUUAUCUCCGUGGAAAUGUGUUUUUGCACACAAUUAAAUAAGAAUUUGUGAUUCAUAGCUUCUGUUAAUAUAUGUAUAUAGGAUGCAACAGAUCUGGAAUUUCAGGAGUAG